UAUGGCUCUGUCAGGGCCUUCAGGGUUUGGUCAGGUGUGAGUCCAGCUUUAUGCCCUUCCUGCUGCCCCGCUGUCCACGGGCUCGUCGCUGCAAUGACGGUAGCACAGGGAGGUCUAGGCAGCUAUCGACGCUGGCAGCGCCCUCACCGACGCUGCAGGGAGCUGGGGCCGCCCCAGGGAGCUGUAGUGGCCAAGGGGGAGGCACGUUCUGCCAGAGCAAGAGAGGACCCGCCUCUCCCCAGCCUCGGGCUGUUGCCCCAUCCUAGGAAGCAGGAUAGGGUUGGGGGUAAGGGGAGUAGCCUGGGGGGGGGCCCACAGGCAGGGCAGAGCGUGGAUCCGGGUGCGCCUUGGAGAACAUCCAGCACAGAUGGCCCAGGGGUUCAAGCGUGCAGCCAGGAGAUGCUGGGCCUGACCUGGGGCGCAGUUGAGAGAGCAGGGGCGCUCCUCUCCUCCUAGGGUUCGCGUCCCGCCUGGUUUUUCCGCAGGUUCCGGGCGCGUCCCAGUCCCCACCGCUGCUGUGCACUGAAGUCCAACCUCCUGCUGCCCCCAACUCGAGCGGUCCCCCGACGGCCUCCAGCUGGCCAUUGUCCACACCCUCGCCCGGGCAGGGCCUGGUUCAGGCGUCGCCGCGGGGCCUGGUACGUGCCCCACAGGUACUUUCUCCUGUGGAAACGCUGAUGGGCUGUGUCGGGCUGAUCUGGGGGCAGGGCUAGUGUUGGUAUCCAGCCUCAGAGACUGGUGACCGAACACCCAGCAUCGCCGCCUAGCACGGGCCUGCAGGACCAGCACCUGGUGCUCGGCGCGACACGGAGGCCCGCCCCCAGAUCCGGGCCCCGCCUCCCUCGACCUCAGUCCUCCAGCUCCGGCUCCUGGCCCUGCUGCUUCUUCAGAGUCGGGAGGCGGGGCCGGGAACACCACCGAGGCGGCCGGGCCUCCGAGCCGUCCAGAACGGCCGGAAGUCAGCGUGGAGGGGCUGGCGCGGGCGUCGGAAACCCGUUUCCGGCGGCAUCGCGCGUUUACUAGUCUCCGGCUGUCUUCAGGGAGGAUUGCUCCAUGAAGGGAGGGUCCUUACUGCUACAUCUUAGUACUUAAUGCCUGGCAUGUGGAAGCCACUCCUUAAGUGUUUACAGAGUGAUUCACACGUGCCAUACAAGCAUGCUGAAAAAAGAAUGAGGCUUCAGGACGCCUCAUUCGCUCAAGUGUCGUGGCUGCUUCAGCCCAUCCCCGUGUCUCUACUAGAGAAUGUCUGGGGUUGGAGGUAUCUCAGCCAGGACGUGUGGAUGCCCACUCACCAAGCCUCAUGGUAGGAAGUCACUGCCUCCUUUCCCUCAAUUGUCCCAUGAAGCCUCCAUCUCCUACUCUGUGCAUCUACCCUGCCCACUGGUCCUGGGCCCAGACCCUGCCUUGGCUCUUGCCAUGGCCCUCAACAAGCUCAGGCAGGGCCCUUUGCUCCCAUCCUGAAGGUAGUAAGCAAACCCUUGCCCAAACCAGGGCCUGACUGAGGCUCUUGACGGGGGGAGGGUUUUACAGGUAUCAUAGACUGCGGGUCCCUCUUCCUCCCCCAAACUGCCCCUCCCCAGGAUUUUGGAGCCAGAGGAGCCCUGGUGACUGUCUCACCCAACCCCAUGGUACACCUGCCAGAGACAUGCCAUGGGGUGGCGACAGAAUGGGGCUGGCACCCAGGGAUCCCUGGGGUGCUGGUGUGUGUCCUUUCAGGAGGUGGUGACGUUUGGCGAUGUGGCUGUGCACUUCUCUCGGGAGGAGUGGCAGUGUCUGGACCCUGGCCAGAGGGCCCUCUACAGGGAGGUGAUGCUGGAGAACCACAGCAGUGUGGCUGGACUAGCAGGAUUCCUGGUCUUCAAGCCUGAGCUGAUCUCCCGGCUGGAGCAGGGACAGGAGCCAUGGGUCCUCGACCUGCAGGGAAUGGAGGGGACAGAGGCACCAAGGACCUCUCAGACAGAUUAUAUAAUUAGGACUGGCAGUGAACAGGUCUAUGAGGACAUGGACAUUCUAAAAUCAGAAUCCCCGAGGAAGAUGGUCAGAAUCCCGCCCCAGGAUUUUACUCAGAGUCCUGGCUUUGGAGACAUUUCUGAUGUUGAGUUCUGGUCAGAGAGUCAUCUGAGCAGUCCUGGGGUAAGAGUGAUGGACUCUGUCUUCCAGAAAAACUGUUUGAAUGAGCAGACAGUGGCUCACAAGACCCUAACCAAGGACAGUGUCCAAGGACAUAAGGAGCUGGGGGGCAGUGGCCUGGAUUGCCAGUCUGAAAAAACUCAGAGAGAGAGUACAGAAGGGACUCUCCAGAGAUGUGAGGUUUGUGGCAAAGAUUUCAAGUCCACUUCAGACAUCACUCUGCAUUGGGAAAUUAAUACCCAAAAGAAACCUAACAGAUGUCAUGAAUGCCAAAAAAAUUUACCUGACUGCUUGAAUCCAAGUAACUGCCAUGGGGAAAAGCCAUAUGAAUGUCUGGAGUGUGGGAAAGUUUUCAGGCUAUGCUCACAGCUUAAUCAGCAUCAGAGAAUCCACACUGGAGAGAAGCCAUUUAAAUGCAUUGAGUGUGGAAAAGCCUUCCGCCUGAGCUCAAAACUUAUUCAGCAUCAAAGAAUUCAUACUGGAGAGAAGCCAUACAGAUGUGAGGAGUGUGGGAAAGCUUUUGGUCAGAGCUCAAGCCUCAUCCACCAUCAGAGAAUCCAUACAGGAGAGAGGCCCUAUGGUUGUCGAGAGUGUGGGAAAGCUUUCAGUCAGCAGUCACAGCUGGUCAGACACCAGAGAACUCACACUGGAGAGAGGCCUUACUCAUGCAAGGAGUGUGGGAAGGCCUUCAGCCAGAGUUCAACUCUUGUUCAGCAUCAGAGGAUGCAUGCUGGGGAGAAAUCUCAAAUCCCCCGAGUCUCCGAUAGCUCAAGCCUUGUUGCACAUCAGAGAAUUCAUGCUGUAGAGAAACCGUUUAAGUGUGAUGAGUGUGGGAAAGCUUUUAGGUGGAUCUCUCGUCUUAGUCAGCAUCAGCUGAUUCACACUGGGGAGAAACCUUAUAAAUGCAACAAGUGUACAAAAGCCUUUGGGUGUAGCUCACGGCUUAUUCGCCAUCAGAGAACUCACACUGGAGAAAAACCAUUUAAAUGUGAUGAGUGUGGAAAAGGCUUUGUUCAGGGCUCACACCUUAUUCAGCAUCAGCGAAUCCAUACUGGAGAGAAGCCUUAUGUAUGUAAUGACUGUGGAAAAGCCUUUAGCCAGAGCUCCAGCCUUAUUUACCAUCAGAGAAUUCAUAAGGGAGAAAAGCCCUAUGAAUGCCUCCAGUGUGGAAAAGCCUUUAGUAUGAGCACACAACUUACAAUACACCAAAGGGUGCACACCGGGGAGAGGCCCUACAAAUGUAACGAAUGUGGGAAAGCCUUCAGCCAAAACUCCACUCUUUUCCAACACCAGAUAAUUCAUGCAGGUGUGAAGCCCUAUGAGUGUAGUGAAUGUGGAAAAGCCUUCAGUCGGAGCUCAUAUCUUAUUGAACACCAGCGUAUACACACUAGAGCUCAGUGGUAUUACGAAUAUGGGAAUACUCUGGAAGGUUCCAACUUUGUGAACCGGAAAAAAGUUAAUACUGUAAAGAAACUGCAUCAAUGUGAUGACUGUGAGAAAAUAUUCAGGUGGCGCUCACAUCUAAUUAUACAUCAGAGAAUUCACACCGGAGAGAAGCCUUAUAAAUGUAAUGACUGUGGCAAAGCUUUUAAUCGGAGCUCAAGGCUUACUCAGCAUCAGAAAAUCCACAUGGGAUAGACCAUUUACCUGUAUAAAUGUGAAUAAACGUCUAGCCUUAACUUAUUUUA